AUGGCUCCGCGACUUGACCUCUUCAUGAUAGGACUGCUGCUGGUGGCAGUGAGCUCCUCAGUGGACGCACAAUACCUCGGUAAGCGCAUCGGUGCGCUGUCUGAACUUCAACACGGAGUCAAGGGUGAAGUCUUCGCUGUCGACUCCCGCACCAUCCACGUCAAGGGCUUCUCUUACGACGGCGCAGCACCUGAUGCCUUCUUCUACGGCGGUUUCAGCGGAAGGCCGAGCGACGAAGGUUUCAUCAUCCCUGAUGAAAAUGGAAGCACUCAGCCACUAAAGCGCUACCGCAACAAGGACGUGACGUUGACGUUGCCUGAAGGCAUCACGCUCAAGGAUGUCAAAUGGAUCUCAGUUUGGUGUCGGGCUUUUGCGAUUGAUUUCGGACACGUAGUCGUGCCAUCCGGCCUCCAGUAUCCUCGACCACAGAAGAUCAAUGCGCUCUCCACCCUCGAUCACGGCGUUUCAUCUGACCGCUUGGUGGUUGUCGACGCACAGACUUUCCUCAUCCCCAACUUCAGCUACGACGGAGCGGCCCCUGACGCUCGCUUCUGGGUUGGAAGAGGCGAUAAGCCAGGCUCGGACGGCACUGUUGUGCCAGACGAGAACGGCUCGACGAACCCUCUGAAGCGCUACGAGGGCAAGACGAUCGUUAUCACCCUGCCCGACCACCUCACGGUCUUCGACAUCGACUACCUGAGUGUGUGGUGCAAGGCCUUCUUCGCUGACUUCGGAAACGUCCGCAUCCCUGCGACCCUCAACGUACCGCCUUCUCUUAAGAUGCUUGGUGUUGCUCCGCAGACGAAGCUGAACUGCGAGGUGUUGUACGACGACUUGGCUCUGGAGGUGCGCUGGGCUGUAGCGGGGGAGAGCAUCGUCAUGCAGCUGGUCGGACGUGUUGCUGACAGCGAGUACAUGUCGUUCGGAGUGUCGGGGUCUGACACGAGGUCGGUGAUGAUAGGAGGCGAUGUCGUGACGGCUUGGCUGGAACGCGAUACUGGACGCGGCUUCGCAGAAGAUUACUUUUUGGGUGCUAAAGCCCAGUGCCAAGGAGGCAGAGGUUCCUGCCCUGAUACAGAUUCUCGGGGAAGCAACGACGUACGACUACUGAACGCAGCUCUGAUCAACGACUUCACGAUGCUGACAUUCCAACGGCCACUGCGUGCGACAGACGCCACCGACCGCCCCAUUUACACCAACAACUCGCAGGCUGUCAUUUGGGCCGUGGGACCCGUCAAUGCUCAGGGCCACACGUCCUACCACACGCUCAGGACCCGAGGUGACAUGUUCGUUGACUUUGGCCGCACUCCUCGCUGGAACUGCCCUCUGCCCGACGAGCCUGUCACGCCCACACCCUCCGCCGCCCAGGCCCGCCAACCAGCCACUACCCCCGUCGCCAGUAACGUUCCCCAAGCGGUGACGCCUUCCCCCAACGCCUGGUACAUCCCACCCAUCCCAUGUUACGAGCCUGAAGACGGAGUCUUCUAUGCCCAAAUUGGCCCCACCGCCGGCGAAAAUGGAUACAACGCUAUUACUGGACACGUGGGUUGGGGCGUCGCUUUUUACAUCAACGGACUUCUGAUCCCUGAGAUCCACGUGGUGCGCGGCAAGAGUUACACGUUCGUGGUCGAGGGAGGCUACGAUGAAGCGAACCCAUCUCGCUCUCACCCUCUCUACAUCACCGAUGACCCCGAGGGAGGAUACGAGCAUAAAUCUCCUCAGGAACGAGCGCAAGUGAAAGUAUUCGCCGGUGUAGACUUCGAUGCUAACGGCAACCCGACGCCCACUUCGUUCGGGCGGCUCUGUGAGUGGAAGGCUAAUCCUGACCAACCAUCGGACGCCUUCACCUCCUUCGGCGCCUUCCAGCGAACCCUCAACUUGGACUGCAAGGAGGGACAGCCUGGCAUCCUGCAGUGGACCCCCGAUGCGAACACCCCCGACACAGUUUAUUAUCAGUGCUUCAGCCACCGAUACCUUGGAUGGAAGAUUCACGUUCAUGAUACCUGCGACGCAGCUGCUCAGCGUUCUUCACUAGACUAUGGAGACGACUACCAUACCGAAGACCAAUCUGAACUAGCUACUGGCAGUUCGAAUACCAGACAGACUGUUAUUGACCUGUCGACUGCUGGGUUUGUAUCUAGAAGAAAGACGAUUAAUAACAGAGAAAAUGAAGAUUUGGAAUCGCCACUUCACCCACAGACAAAGAAAUUUGCCUCCAGAAGCGAUCAGUCAAUUUUUUCUGAUACAAAUAACCGACGAUCGGGUUUUUCUCGUGGAGGAGGACUUGGUAGAGGUGACGAUGCAAGGAACUCCGUAGAUGAAUUUAGAGGUGAUAGCCUUUCUAGAACAGUCGUACCCCAAAAUGAAGGACCACGUAGCUGGUCGGAAGCUAAUAUACGGUUCGACUUCCCGAAAGAUUUUGGCAAGAAAUUGCCAGAGUUAAAAAUUAAUUCUCUCGAAGAAAGUUCGCUUCCAGAAGGUGAUGAAACGGGCUUUGUUCUUAAAGAACAUAAGCCUCCUGGACCUCCACCUCCAUCCAAGUAUGCCAUAACAAACGAGUACAAUUAUGUUGAUGUGACGAAGAAUCUUCGAGAAGAAGUUCUCGACUCAAAUUUGAGGGUUCGGCCUACAGAUUUUCCAAAAAUGGUUGGAGAAGUAGCUCUUUCCAUAACGAAACCACCCACAUCAGCUGCCCCAACAUCAUUUGCCCAUGAUUUUGAAAGUACUCGGUUGAGAGUUUCGAAACCCUCAAGUAUUCAAGACGCGAGAGAUGGUGUAAUUGAUCGCAGAAGACCGUUUCACGAUGAAACAGAGCGUGGCUACCGGAACGACUUGUCUAAAAACAAUCCCUCAAAUCAUGACUAUGAAAAUCAUAACAGGGAUGUAGAAACGCCAGUUCCAGUCAAAAUAAACUCAAGGGUUCAUGGAAACCGACAGAGAACACCGCAGAAACACAAUUUUGUUAAUCGCCACAAUGAAGAGAAAAAACAAUAUGAAGAUGACCGGCCUGGAUUCAAACCGGAAUCUGUGGUUUUCGAAUCUGAUUUUGUACCGAUCCUCACUGAAGACAGUCCCGGUCCUCCACGCGCACUUCUGGAGUUCCAGCAAAGUCGGGAUUCCUCUAGAGGUUCGAAUCAUGAACGUUUCCAGGAACAUCAUCUCCCUCCGAGAUACUUUGAAGGAAACUUUGAUAUAGAAGAUCGUCCAAUAACGUCUUUGUCGCAUUUCCAUCCGGAUUCUUUAGAGAUACCUCACUUCACGAAAGGUACAAGAAUAAUUAGAAACCAGAGUUCAAAUCAGCUAAGGGAAGUACACACUGGAGAAAUAAAUUUUGAGCCUGACCAUGGACUUCCUCACCCGAGUUCUGAGACAAUACGGCCAGCCAAUAUAUUUAAAUCUGAAGCUAUUAUACUUCCCGAUUUUUCACGACAUGGUUUAAAACCAGAUAAUCCUAACCUGGCUUUGUUUUCCUCCGAAAGACGUCCGACCCAUAACAUACGCCCAACUGCGACGCAUGUAUUCAGCUCUGGAAAGCCCAUAGGGCAGGGUCAAAUAAUUAAUUCUCUUGCACCAACGAGUGCACUUCAGUCUCACUUUCAGGGACCAUUGCCAUUUGAAAACGAGUCGCCAGGUCUAUUUCAGUUACCGCACCAUCUGCAAGACACGCACCAGUUAGUCCAUGUUCAUACUUCAAUUCACCGUGCUACGCCGUUGCACAUCUCUCCAGACGAACGCGCCUCCCUCAACCCUCAGGUGCUCAGGGAGGAAAGUCUUCACGUCAAUGAGCUAAGAGGACCAAAUGUGAUAGGUUCGAUUCUCAGCAACAACGUUGGAGCUGAUGGUCAUGGCAUUUCAUCUCACUUUAAGGGCCCUCAAGACCCCCCUCAAACGUUCAGUGUGCAUCAUGUACCUAUCGAUUCGGCAAACUCGUUAGUGCCUGGUACUAGCUUCCCUCAGUUGCAAAGUUUUCCUUUUUCUCAUCCCGUUCCACCGAGUGGAGUUUUGCCCCCUCCAGUUCAGCUUGUGCCUGGAACAAGACCUUUCAGAAAUCGACGACCUCAUUUGCCCGGUCAACGUCCUCGGCAUCAUUCCAACCAAAAUGGGCCUAGGCGAAUUGUUGGCGAUAGAUUAAACCCUCGAAUCACUAAUUUCGGUGAAAACUUGCACGGUCCUGUGCGUCCAGGACAAGAACGAUUUCAUCGUAACAGAACCGCAGCCUCUCAAAGAAUCAGAGGCCCCUUGAUUCAUGACAAUCGUCGAUUGGGCCAGCAGUUAGCUCCUCAAGUAGUCAUUGAAGGCGAAAAACCCGAACUUUUAGCUGCAGGGAAGGAAAGAAUAUCUGCCAAGCGUAGAGCCUCUACUGCCACGAAAACAGGCGAGUCGUUCUUGCAAAAUAUUUGGUCAACUCUGACCGGAGGUUCCCGCGAUGAAGGGAACGCUCCUCAACCGACACCAAGAUUGGUAACUUAAUGGCGGAAGAAACGGAGAAUGAAAUCGCCACAUCAGUACAGUUAGAUUUAUUAAAAUAUUCGAGCUUACGAAGCUCUUAACUAUAAAAUUUGCGCAUCAAUGAUGUAUGAAAUUUCCCAUCAGAUUUUCAUUCGAUUUCAACGUCCGAAUAGGACAAUAGGUGAUCUGAAGC